AUGGUAUUCCGAAUUUAUGGUACGGAGCUCGUUUCACUUACAAUGCUCACGAUGUCUGCUGAAAAGCACUUUCCUUCCUCUUCAUCUCCUCUUUUACGAAUUCGUACCUCAGUUAAUUUCAGGCGCUAUGGUACAGUUGAGAAUCGUUAUGCGGCCGCAGGUGUCUGCGCCACAGUGUGCCUAUUGUCACUAAUAGUCAUGUUUAUAACGUCGUACAUCGACCCGCGGACAAAUGUCCAGGAAGACAUCUACUGCGGCAUAUCGGGGAGCACCGUCGAAGGAUUUGCCGCGUUUCACCAGUUCUUCAAUAUUUCAUGUCAGGUCGGCGGAUUUUUCGGCUCGGCGUUCGCUUUUCUUGUGGCAAGAAAGUUAACAAAACAGGCCAGCGCCAAAGAGCUCAACGCAAUUCGACCGAUUCUUCUCAUUAGCUUCAUUUCAUGCAUUGUCAUCUCUUCGAGUAACAUAGUACGUGUACUAAAAAGCAUUGAUUUAUCGCUUGGUGUGCGCCGGGCAUUCGUUUGCUACUCAGAACCA